UUCAGGAAGUUUUCUCUGAACGAGACUUUUAGGAGCUCUUCUUUCUCCUUCCUUCUUCGCUAGAAAGGCAAGAUAAUCCUCUGAGAACGAGAGGGAGAGGAGAAGGGAGGGUUAGGGAUCAAGGUUUUCAAGUCAUGGCUCUCUUCUUCCCAGUUUCAUCUUAGUAAAUUCAUCAUUUUGAUUUGUUCUACUCUCCAUUUGCUUCAUGGCGGAUCAUGCAAAUCCUUCUCCUCUCCUUGCUCCUACUCCCGUCGCUGAACCAAGCGAGAUCGACCUUGAAGCAGGACCUGGAGAGCAAAUCCAGUGCAGAAUUUGUCUUGAAACCGAUGGUAGGGAUUUUAUUGCUCCUUGCAAGUGCAAAGGAACUUCGAAAUAUGUUCACCGCGCAUGUUUGGAUCACUGGAGAGCUGUUAGGGAAGGGUUUGCAUUUGCUCAUUGCACAACCUGCAAGGCCCCUUACCACUUGAGAGUGCAUGUACUUGCGGAUAGGAAAUGGCGAACUUUGAAGUUCCGCUUCUUUGUAACUAGAGAUAUAAUAUUUAUCUUUCUGGCUGUUCAACUUGUAAUUUCUUCCUUGGCAUAUUUGGUGUACUUAAUUGAUGGUUACCAGCAAUUUUGGCUUCGUCUGGCUUGGGGUUUUGACAGCCAACUUAGUUUCUACUACAUUUGUGGAGCUCUGCUGUUUUUUGCUUUGCUGGGAUUGUCGGGGUGCUUCAUUACUUGUUAUGAUCGAAGAGUACGUAAUGAUCUAGCUCAGCCAUGCCGAGAAUUAUGUCUUUGUUGCUGCCAGCCAGGAAUGUGUGCAGACUGCCAUUUACCUGGCACGCUUUGUAUGUGGACAGACUGUACCACAUGUUUUGAAAGUUGUGCAAGUACGGCAGGUGAAUGUGGUGGUUGCUUGGGUGGCGCUGGUGAAGCAGGGUUGCCAUUACUAUUUAUCAUGGGUUUAAUUGUACUUGGACUUUUCACUGUUAUUGGCAUAUUCUACAGCGUACUUGUGGCUACAAUGGUUGGGCAAAGGAUUUGGCAGCGUCACUAUCACAUACUUGCAAAAAGAAUGCUAACAAAAGAGUAUGUUGUGGAGGAUGUUGAUGGUGAGACGAUAGAUUCCAACUGGUCUCCUCCACCCCUCCCACCUGAGCAUGUUCAGCAGUUGAAGACACUCGGUCUCCUGUAAUUUGGCUUUCUUCAUUCAUCAGAGGAAAACAACAUUUAGCGAUGAACUUUCUGUCUUCUGUGGUCAGUCAGUCCUGCAUUUAAGAAUUAUGCACAACUACGCUAAUGAAUGGCUUUGUAAAUGGUGUUUCUUGGAAGUAUGUGAUGCCUUUUAUGUUGUUGAAUGGCUGUUGUCAACUUAUCACCGUGUAUGCCUGAAAUGUAGCUUGGCUUACUAUUUCCUUUUACUGAUCAUUGUAAAGGAUGAAAUCACAAUGUCAACCCUCAUAACUAGCAACAACUUGUUACUAAAUCUAAUUUGUAGGGUUUGGCAA